CCUACCAGCAGCAGCAGCAGCAUGGCCCAGCACCUGCCGAAUGCAAGCGCCUUGUUUGAGCUCCACGAGCACAUUGUGAACAAGCGCCUCGACGAUGGACGCAUGUACGACGACGACCACCCGCUCGCGUACCCGCAGCGGUCGGCGACCGCCGCCAAGUACCGGCAAUGGCGGCUCUGCGACGACGCGCUCUCCAAGUACAAGGAGGUCGCACGCUCUGGGCAGCACAAGCAGCAGCAAAAUGCGUACAUUGAGGCCGUCCUCUGCACGGGCAGCGCGCUCGCCCCGAAAAUCACCGCCCAAUGGUUCCACUGCCUCAAGCGCCAAGAAGCGCAGGGCCAAUGCGCGCUCGUCACGCGCCUCCUCGAGCGCAGCCUCCGCGUCGAAGGCCAAGCGCUGCUGCGGCACAUGGCCCCCGAGUUCCACCCGACAACGCUGUAGCUCGAAUCAUUUCUUGCAUGUAAAAGGCUCUCAUGUCCGUAAGUAGCAAGGGAAUACAUGG